CGGCGCCUUCGUCGUCGGCGUCGACCUCGUGCCCAUCCGCCCCGUCCGCGGCGCGCACUCCCUCACGGAGGACAUCACCACCACCAAGUGCCGCUCCGCCGUGCGGAGGCUCAUGGACUCCAAGGGGGUCGCCGCCUUCGACGUCGUCCUCCAUGACGGCUCGCCCAACGUCGGCGGCGCGUGGGCGCAGGAGGCCACCGCGCAGUCCGCGCUCGUCAUCGACGCCGUUCGCCUGGCCACCGUGUUCCUCGCCCCCAAGGGCACCUUCAUCACCAAGGUCUUCAGGUCUCAGGAUUACAGUGCUAUCAUGUUCUGCCUGAAGCAGCUGUUUGAUAAGGUCGAGGUGACUAAACCUAGAGCGAGUCGCGGCACAUCCGCUGAAAUUUACAUCAUCUGCCUGAAGUACAAAGCCCCCGCAAAGAUUCAACCAGAGCUUCUGGAUAUCAAGCACCUGUUCAAUGUGGAUCCAGAGAAGAGCAUGCCUACGGAUGUACUUGAUCCUAAGAAUGCAAAGAAGAGAACUCGUGGCGGGUAUGCGCCUGGAGUCACGGUACUGGAGAAAGUCGGUCUGGCAUCAGAUUUUAUAUGGUCCGAAGUGCAGAAACCCCGGGAUUUUCUGGGUUCUUUUACUAAGAUUUCAUUUGAUGAUCCUGCAUCUCUGCCUAUCAAGAACCAUGAGCUCACCACAGAUGAGGUAAAAUACCUUUGUGAGGAUUUGCAGGUGUUGGACAAAAAUAGCUUCAAGCAUAUCUUGAAGUGGCGCACACGCAUAAGGAAAGCGCUGCCAUCAUCUUCGCAGGUUACACCAAAGGUCAAAGAUGAUGUUCAGCUUUUACAGGAAAUGGAAGAAAUGGAUUCUGAUGAAGAACACCAACUGGAGGAGAUGCUUGAUGAAGCUUAUGUGCGUUAUGUGACCAAAAAGGGUGAAGAAGUACAACAAGAACACAAACAUGCCAAGCAAAUCGAUCCUGAUGCUGAUGCAGGUUUGUUAGAGGGAGGUGAAGAUGAUGGUGGCGACAUUGGCAUGGAUCAAGGUUGUAAUGAAGAUCAAGACCAAGAGACUAGCCCCCUUUUAUUAUGUCUAGAUACAGAGAAGCCAACAGAAGAGCAAGAUUGUAAAGCAGUGGUUCAGUCAGGAUGUGUUCGCAGAAGCAGGAAGAAGGGAAGGAGUGGCAAAGGAGGCACCAAGGGAGGGCAAGGGAAGAUGGGUGCCGCCGGCCAGAAGAAAGGGGGCAUGCGAGGGAAAGCUGCGAAGAGGCCGGCGGCAGAGCCCUGCAUUGAGUUGAAUUAGUUUAGCAAGGCAUGGAUGAGUAACUAGGUAUUAUGUGAGAUUAGAUCAUUUAUGUGCAUUUUCAUACUUUUCUGUGAUGAUGAAAACAGAUGAUGAAUCUGAUGUAAUCCAUUCUAUCAAACCACUUGGACAAUUGUGGCA